GUUUACGAGGCCCCGCGUAGGUCAUGUGUUCUUAAAAAUACCCACAAAACGUGGCGUUGCUCCUUCACUGGCAUGCUCGCACCUCGGCAUGCUCGCUCACACUGCGCGUCCACAAACUUGAAGUAGAAGAGGGGUUUCACGGUCACUGCGGCGACAAAGAUCUGCUCGCGCCGAGCUUCACCGGCCUGCAAAUGAGGACGUCGUUGGUUUUGUUCUUCGCCAUCCUGCUUGUCUUCUGGCAGCUGUGGAACUACCUCAUUCCUCUGCAACAAGUCAGCAGGAUAGUCGGUACAGCGUGGAUUGUCCUGACUCUGUCCUAUGCGCUGUCUCGGUUAGUUUUCGGACGCGUUUUUGUGAGCGAGGUUCGCGGUGAAGGUCGGGCAGUGCUCAUCACGGGAUGCGACACAGGAUUUGGUUAUCGACUAGCGAAGCGACUCUCGCGCAAAGGCUUCCUGGUGUUCGCCGGUUGUCUCAGUUCCAACAGCGCUGGCGCAGAGGAGCUGAAAGCUCUUCCACACGUAGUUGUUUUGGAGCUGGAUGUGACAAAACAGGAGCUAGUGGACAAAGCCUUAGGUACGAUAAAAGAGCAUCUCGGCGAAAGGGAGCUCUGGGCGGUUGUUGCGAACGCCGGCAUCGCAAGCGCCGGCCUUUUGGAGUGGCUCACGAUGGACACAGUGAUCAACGUAUUCAACGUCAACGUCUUCGGAGUCCUUCGAGUCAUCAAGAAGUUCCUACCUCUCUUGAAGAAAUGCAAUGGCAGGGUUGUCGCUGUCGCCAGCCCGUUAGGCCACUUCACAGUCCCCAUGAGCGUGCCCUACUGCAUGUCGAAGCACGCUGUGGUAUCCAUGAUGGAUGGCCUUCGCCGAGAAUGUUAUGGCAAAGGGGUCGACUUCGUUACAGUGGAGCCUUCGGCUUACCGGACGUCCAUAUUUAAAACUGGCUCUGCUCUCAAGGACUUCGCGUUGCGAGAAUUCAAGCAACAAGAUCCAGAAUCCGUUGCUGACUACACUCACCAGGACAUAGAGGACUGCCUUAAGACCAACGAUAACACCUUCAGAACUUUCAUGAGAGAAGACCCCGAGGAAGCUGUCGACGUCAUGGAGAAAGCAGUCAGGGAAACUUAUCCUAAGGAUCUCUACCGGUCACCCUGUGGACGAGAUACACCAUACAUAUUCCUCGAGACUGCAUUACCCAGUGAUAUAACUAACCUAAUCGCUGCCAUUACACGGAAGAUUCAGCUCAGGAUGAAGUGACGGCCCUAGUGAGAAAUGAACGCGAGAAACCUUUUCACACGAAAUGUCGUCAUAAUGCUGCUAAUGUUGGCGCUAUCCGCAAACAAGCCUUAGUAAAUGAAUCGCGAGGGGACUGCAACGGCGUGCAGCUUCCCUGUUCAAUCACAAAGCUGAACAAUGCGCCAAUAAUUCCUGCUCAUGCGAACACUGGCUCAUAGGUUUUCACAAGUACUAAACAUGCUGAACGCUUGCUACGCAUGCCAAGUUAACCCUUCACUCACAAAUUGUGACGGAGUCAUCUUAAGGCGUCCUAAAUUAUGUAUUUUUUAAGCAUGCCGCAAACAUUGCACGCACUAAGGGUGAGAACUCUAUGAGUUGAAACGCGUUCAUGAACCGCCAGCGCAACAACUAGACAUGGAAGAAAAACAAGAGACGAUCACAGGCGCUCUGACGACCUCUUGUUUUUCGUCCGUGCUAGCUGUUGCGCUGGAAGAUCAUGAACACGUUGCAGAAAGGACUGGGAACUGUACCAUAGACAUCACUCACAUCGAGCCAGCCGUCAGACUUUACAAAUAUUGUUGUCAAUAUUGAAUUCUUAUAUGUAAUGCCGUAAGUUAUGAAAAGGACUUUAAUAUAUUUUACAAAUAGAUGCGUUGGUUAUUAUUUGAUUGAUUGCCUCCUGAGCAGUAAUCAAUAUUAUUUACAGCAGUCAAGUCCGAUCAACACGUAUAACAUCUCGUCAAAUCUGGUAGCGCACACUUUAUAAUACCCCGAUUUUGCAUUACCUUCCACUCGCAUGAUUUGUCACGUUGAUUUUUUUUAGGAAUGGUUAAGUUUACAUUCAGGGUUAUCUUCGAAUUUUAUUCGAAGUCACCAGUCGGAACAUUCAAAAAGCAAUUUGCCUCUCUAUAUAGAGACACCGUCACCGAAAGCGUUACAUUGUGGAGUUUAGUGGUAACACACUACCAAUGAAAUGCGCUCUUGCGGGGGGUUCCGCUUUAUUUCAACCACCUCGUGUUCUUUGACGUACUCUCAAAGCACGUUUACCGCAUCCCUUAACCAAGCUAGUGGGUUUGCGUUCACUUAUCUUGCGAUAUGUAUGGCAUGCACUACCGGGCGCAAAAGAAACGCUGACGGAAAUGUGAUUAGAUCGGACAACAAACCAGUUCUUAGGUGGCACUUUUUGCCUCAGCUUGUGUCGUCCUUCUGAGUCACAGUUCCUUCUGCCACCGUCAGUGUGGGCCCUACAUACCACAAGAUCCAUCCACCCAAGGCACAGUGAAUGAGCGUUUAAUCUUUCUGUUCCGUCGGAAUACGUCAGUGGCAAUCAUGGCAGGGUGCGGAGACUCCCUAUACCUCCCUUGGGUCAAUCGGUCCCACGCCGACACGCGGUGGCACAGCCGCUUCCAACAUUGGCGGUUGCCGGAUAUCCAAUGAGACAUAAUUCACAAACAAAACAAUCCCUCCAUGACGCCACUGAUGAAGUCGGAAGGUAGAGAGGGAGGGCGCGCCGCCGGGAGGAGGAGGCUGUAUAGUGUACCACGGUAGAGGCUUGCCGCGAAGCCCUGCUUUCGAACUACUCAUGCAAGCGGGUGUUCGUGCUCUCUUGCAGGUCUGCUGGCCGUGCGGCGACAUUGGCCGAAUCGCGGAGCAGAAGCCGCUGAAGAGAGCCGUGUUUGCGAUCCGUUGUUUUUUUCGGCCGCGAUUACCUUGAAAGCUUCUAAAUGCUUAUUACUGGUACAGCGCUCGUACACGCCAGUACCAAGCAACUAUAAUGAAAAACUUUUAUAUCCCAAACCGUCGCUAACUACCUAUAUUUGCAGGUGAUAUAUUAAUAUCGUCAGUUAGUGAAAGUAGCCACUCUGAAGUUCCUUAUCUGUGCUUAAGUUUAGGGCUACUGUUCAACUAGUCCACAGAUAUAGUGGUGGUAGUAUAAAGAAAAUUACUUCCCGGCACCAUCAGUCGUUAUGCACCAUCUAUAACGAUUGAUGGUGCCGGGAAGUUAUUUUUUUACCAACUAAGGGCCGUCCAGGGGGCCCAUGAUGUCGCUGAAAGGCUUGGCCUGACAUUGCCAACGUGGGAGCGGUCCGCCUUGGCUUAAGAAGUCGAGCCUUCGUACCUCAUUAUAAUAAAUGUUUUCACACACACACACCAUCAAUCGUUCACUUUGUUCGUGUGUUGUGAAGUGGAUCCCCUAUAGUUGGCCGAUUUCUCAGUCAGCCAAAACUCAACACCAAUAAAUGUUGAACGUUUUUUUGUUUUUAUUCACAAAUUCCGUACUGCAAUAAAAUUGACCUCCACGCUGU